AUGGCUGGACGUCGACCUUCCGAGACCAGUGCUCUUCUCAAUGAGCAUGGGAUUGACGACUUCCGGAAAUCCAUCGAUCAGGUCGACCAGAGAUUAUAUGGCACGGCAGCGGAGGAGGCUUCACUGGUGAAGGGUCCUGAGCUUGAGACAACAUGGAGGGCAGAGACGGCCAUUCUAGCACGAUACUCAGGUCCUUUGAUGCUGACCUACGUCCUGCAAUACUCCUUUUCGCUAGUGACGGUGUUCGUCGCCGGGCGUCUGGGGACGAGAGAACUAGGAGCGGCGUCGCUAGCAACGAUGACUGCGAACAUCACGGGCCUCUGCGUCUAUGAAGGAUUAUCCACCAGCCUGGACACUUUGACCUCGCAGGCUUACGGAAAUGGAAAGAAACAACUUGUGGGCCUCCAUGUCCAGCGUAUGUGCAUAUUAGUCUGCGUGGUCACGAUCCCAAUCGGGGCGGUCUGGAUUUGCUGUCCUUGGAUCCUGUCAGCUAUUGUGCCGGAGACAGACACGGCUAUCCUAGCAGGCACGUUCAUGCGCAUCUAUCUCCUUGGCGGUCCUGGUUGGGCGAUUUUCGAGGCAGGAAAGCGACUUUGCCAAGCUCAAGGAGACUUUACCGCGUCCCUUGCCGUGGUGUUGGUUUGCGCCCCUCUCAACAUUCUUUGGAACUGGCUCCUGGUCUUUCAUUUCAACCUAGGCUUUGCAGGUGCCGCUUGGGCGGUCGUCAUUUCCAACAACCUCCAGCCCAUAGUCCUGGCGCUCUAUGUUGCUUUUGUCGCCCCUUCAAACCUUGAGUGUUGGCCUGGAUUGGACUUCCGUCGAGCAUGUCAGAAUUGGGGUCCGAUGGUCAGGUUGGCAAUUCCAGGUGUUCUCAUGACCUUCUCCGAGUGGUUUGCCUUCGACGUCCUCACUAUUGCGGCUGGUUAUCUCAGCGAGCCAGAUCUUGCCGCACAGUCUGUGCUGAUGACGAUCGUUGUUCUGAUGUACCAUAUCCCCUUCCCAAUCUCCAUUGCAGCGUCGACGCGAUUUGGUAACUUGAUUGGGUACGGCGCCUUGGACGCGGCUCGGACAGCCUGGAAAACACACUACCUGAUCUUCGUCUGCAUCGGCAUCUUCGAUGUUACGUUGCUGACAUCUUGCCGCCACGUCAUUGCGGAUAUUUUCACCACAGACUCUGCGGUCAAGUCCAUCAUCACAGCGGUCAUGCCCAUCACGGCGGCAGCCCAGUUCUUUGACGCACUACUGGCGCUCUCGAAUGCACUGCUACGCGGGCUGGGUAGACAGAAAAUCGGCGGUUGGGUCAAUCUUGGCGUGUACUAUCUCUUUGCACUGCCUUUGUCAUUCUUCUUGUGUUUUGGGCCCCCUCGAAUGGGUCUAAGUGGCAUGUGGAUCGGGCCCAGCACCGGGCUCGGUUGUGCUGCUAUUAUCAUGGCUGUAUAUAUGCGGCUCGCUGACUGGCAGAGGGCUGUGGACGAUGCUCGAGCGCGGGAAGAAUAG